CAUUUGCAUAUAUAUCUACCGGUAUAUUUGGUAUAACCGCUCUCGUGCCACGCAUCUUGGAUGUAGUGUUUCCAUUGAAUACUUCCCGUCCAGUAAUGUUCCCAUAUCCGGCAUACUAUUUCGUUGACGAAAAUGAAUAUUUCUACUAUAUCUUUGGCCAUAUGUAUUUUACUGGCAUUAUAAAUAUUACUGGAUUAAUCGCGCACGACAUCACGUUUUUCGUUUACAUCGAACACGUCUGCGGUCUUUUCGCCAUCGUUGGAUUUAGACUUGAGCAUCUGUUACAUAAACGUUGUGCUAUAGAAAAAAAUAUGAUCGAUUAUCCGGAUGCCGUGUAUCACAAGAAUAUUGCGAUUUCGAUUUACAUUCAUCAUAAGGCUCUACGGUUUGUUGAAUUUCUUGAGAGUACUUUUACGAUAUGGUUAGCCGUGCAAGUUCUGAUGAUUACAAUUACCUUGAGCAUUACUUUAGUACAACUCUCGAUACAGCUGCACAAUUUAGAGGAAGCGGUUAGGUACUUCCUCUACAUUUUUGGUCAAUUGUUUCACAUGUUUUGCUUAAGCUUCCAAGGACAAAAGCUGAUAGAUCACAGCCUCGAAACUUGCGACAAGAUAUAUUGUGGCCGGUGGUAUACCAUACCCGUGAAGGAGCAAGGACUGCUCAUGUUCGUAAUGAGAAAAAGUAUCAAUGCUAGUGUCUUGACCGCCGGCAAGAUAUACGUAUUUUCU